GAAAACAGCAAGGAAACACCUAUGGAAAACACUUGUCUACUCUUCAGGCUAAUUACACAAAUUCCUCUGAGCUUUUAGACAACGGUCACUUUUAAUUUUUCGUCACGGUUUAUUUUGCUGGAGACUCGUCGACACUAACAUCCGCUCUGAGGCACGCGCUUUCUGUAAACUACAACCUACAACACGUGGACGUGAACACGUACGAGCCGGCUUUUUAAAAACUCAUUACAGAGUCACUGGCGUUAACGUGGAUUUCAGAAUAUGGACUACAUGCCGGAUGACAACUCCCGGUACAAAGAUGUUGACUACUGGGAUGAAAGAUACAAGACAGAGCAGUGUUAUGACUGGUUAGGUGGCUUCUCCAAAUUCCAGCACCUUUUGGAAGAACACGUCAAGAAGGAAGACUCCAUUCUGAUACUUGGUUGUGGAAACAGCAGCAUGAGCGGCGACAUGUACAGUGCCGGCUACCACUCCAUCACCAACAUAGAUUACUCCUCAGUGUGCAUCAGUACAAUGACCGCCAGGUACAGUGACUGCCCGGGUAUGACCUGGCAUCAGAUGGACGUGCGCCAGCUCUGCUUCCCCGCCGCAUCCUUUGAUGUCAUCCUCGAGAAGGCCACGCUGGACGCCAUCAUGGUGGAAGAGAAGUCACCUUGGGAUGUGUCCCCUCAGACCGCCUGUUUCGUUCACCAAGCACUCACAGAGAUCAGCCGAUGCUUGAAGCCCGGAGGACGGUUUGUGUCUGUUACCUUCGCCCAGCCCUUCUUCAGGAAACGCCUCUAUGCUCGCACCGAGUACAACUGGUCGAUCAAACAGUACAGUUAUGGAGAAGGCUUUCAAUAUUUUGUUUAUGUGAUGACCAAAGGAGAGCAGCUUAGUCCAGAGGAUGCAGCUCUGGAGAAAAAGCUACUGGAGAAAAAUCUGCUCGAGGACACCAAAUCCACACCUACUAGGAUCGCCACAACACAAAAUGAGGAUAAAGAAGACUUCCUGUCUAAUAUUGACUUGUAAAAUGACUGGAUCAUCUAAAGCAAUCUUAGGAAUACAUUAUCCCUGAGACCUCAGAAACUCAAAAUUCUCCACCCUAACAAAUAUGACAGAAACGUUUUAUAAAAAUGAACUACUGAGCAUUUUUAAUUGUCGUCAGGGCAGAGACGUUCAUAUGGAUAUCAUAUCUGUGUGGACUUGUUUUACACACGACCUGGGUUGUAUAGCACAAAUGAAACCUUAUGCCAUGUUAUAUGUAGAUUUCUACCAAGAAAGAGAUACAGUAUACAUCAAGAUACAUUUUCUUUAAAUUCAACAGAGAAAUUUUUAAAGAAACUAGAUGAAAUGUCCAUUUUAAACUAAACAUAAAACUAAACCUGAUAUAUGGCUUGACUGCUAAAAAAUAAAGUUAUUUUCCCACAUAGAUGCUCAAAUCCAACAGGAUGUUUAAGAAAAAGUAGUGACUGAUCAAAAGAAAAUGUGUGGUAUUUAUUUACACUUACAGACCAUUUACAAUACACGUUUAUAUUCUGAUAUUACAUGGACAAAACGGUUCUCUAAACAUGGGGAGACCUGGAGAAAAUGUUUGUGCCAAAUAAAAAAUAAAAAAAAUCAAUAAAACAAAAUAUCCCCCUCCUUUUGGAAAACCAAAAACAAACAAAAAACCUAACUAACUUAUCAAUUAAAAAAUCUUGGAAACUACUUGUAUCACAGCUCCAAAAAGUCACCUACAAGUCUGAAAAUGUGUAAACUACCCUCUCUUCUUGAGGCACUUUCUCCACCUCACAUUUCUUAAUGUUACAGCAGUUGCAGCAAAAGUAAACUGCAACAUUCAGAGCGCUAUCAGCUUAAGGCACUUUGCUAAUGCCGAAGCCAAAUAAAUUUCUUGCUUUAAGUCUCCGUAUGUAUAGGGUGUUUCUGUUAGUGACUGGGUCCAUUAGAUUCAAAAUGGCCAAUGAAUGGUUGGUCAGACCUGGAGCUCACGGUGCAAAGAAAUCAGGCACAGACACAACACCACAGAACCCGUGCCUCCGUCUGCCUCUUAACAGCAGUCGUAUCUGAAAUGGCCCAAUAUAACCAGAGGUACUGAAGGAAAAACUACCUCAGUAAACCCACCACAGUAAAACAAAUUCACUUUACCCUAUCGUAGACAUUGUUUUAUAUUUGUUUUUUAAUAUUUGUGUCAUUUAAACAGUCAGUUUAAUUGUGAUUGUUAUGGAACGAUUUGUUUCCAUUUUAACAACGAGUCAUCACAGCUUAUCUUCUCUGUGCCAUAGUUUUCUGUCUAUGCUACCAUCAUCCUCUGUUCUCGUGCAGUUCAUAAUAGGCACUUUAAUCAGCCAUCAGCCAAUUUCACAUGCUAGUGUCCUGUCUGCCUGUGUAUCAGAAAGAUUGAACAGUCUCUGAUUCUGUAGUGCAGUACGAGCCUGUCAGUGUUACGCAAUUUGCAAGACAAACUGGCAUGUCUAGACAGAGUACAUAACAGCAGCACCAGCCUGCAUGUAAAGUCCGUGUUAAAGUCUAUUAAUAUGUCAGUCAGCGUGUCCCCUUAAGUUGGGGUUGUCUGCAUCUGUCCCACGUCUGGAUUAGAUUCCAGACAAAAGCUGCUAAUGGAGAUACGCAGUGUUUGACACACCUGUCUGUCAAGCACACUGAGGCUGCUUGAGGGAACAUACACAUGUACAUACAAGUAAUAGCUCACCCUGCGUGUUAUUUCUUGAGGAAACAUGAGAUGAGUCUCGGGUCCUGUGCUCUCUGCUGCUUAAAUAUAGACCAGAGAGGGGAGAGAGAGCCAGGCGUGCAGACAGGCAGGAAGGCUGGUGACUGGAGGGGGGACCACAUUAAUAAAGUAGAAAUCAUUUAUUUUUAAUUCUCCACUGAGAUCUAAUUACUGCCUAUUUUUAAGACUCAAAAAAAAAAAGGUGUGUGAUUUUUCAGAUGGCUUGUCUUCCUUUCCAUGAUUUUCUUGAUGGUGUUAACAUGGUAGUUUAUUUGACUUUAACUUUAAUGUUAACUAAACAAUCUCACUACAAGGUCUAUUGAGAAGCUGUUCUGGCUGCUCAGGCUUUUUAUUUCUAGUUGGCGACUGUUGAUUUUUACCAGCUGAAAUGACAACUGUUGCUGGCAGAUCAGCUGUGGCUAGCCAGCUAGUUAAGCUAACGAUUGACACCAGGAGCUGGUCGAAAAUUUCUGUUUCUUGCUGACUUUUUUGAUGAGUGACUCAUGCACAUGCUGACUCAUUUGAAAAACGAGAAUCUUGUGAAAGGAGUCUUAAAUAUGUACUGAGUAGCAAAUUUCAUGUUAUCAUGCUAAAUGACUGAGUGUAAAGCUUUUCGAGAGCAUCUCUCAGAAGAAGACAUUGCGGCAUUGUGAAUAUGAAAAACAUAAGCUCUGUUGCUUUUUUUCUGACAUAACCCUCUUUGCUUUAGCUUGCACACUUUCUCAUAUUUUCAAAAACUCUACUACUCAAAUAAGUUCACAAGAGAAAAUGCUUUUAGGAUGAUGUUUUUGCCCAACUUCACACUAUUGCUGGUUAACUUCCCCAAAUCCAGCAAAGAGCAGGACAGACCUGCUAACGUUACCCAAAACUCUGAGGGAAAUACUGCACAAUGAAUGUUCAAGUCUUCAUCUUUCAUAACAUAAGCUGUAAUACCACCAAGUAAUGAAUGAUGUGCUCUUUGGCCUUUGAAGUAAAGCUGGCGUACUACUGUAGAUAGUAAGCUAGUUAGCUAAUUGCUAACUGUUGCAGUUUACAUUAGACUGGAUAAACACACCAUUUAAUCCAUUCCAUACACUUUUGCUUAUGUGCUUUUUGUGUUGGAAAGGCUGGGAAAUAAAGAGACCCUCCUCCAAACUCUUGAAAUGCCAAGUAUCGCUCUUACCACAACUCCUUGCACAUCACUUUGACAUGUGGAGAAAUACAAAGCCUGACAGCCUGCUGUGCCUUUUUUGGGUUGCCUGGGGUAGUGUUGGAUAAUUACUGUUCUGUGGUCAGAUUUAGCAAACUUAUUGGCUAAAUAGUUGAGAAUGAAAGUUUAUUUUUGAUCUGGGAAACAGCACAAAACAGUCUCAUCACAAGGUCCAUGUAGUAGGUGUUGUGAAGACUGAACUUUUA